AUGGUUGUCUUUGUCGACUUGGACGACCCGGAUGAGGUCGAGCAUCAGCAUCAACAUGGAUACAACACGCCAUUCGACAUGCGAGAGUUGAUCAAUGCACAUGCUACGAGGUCAUUACAACGUCCUACCGGGGAAGAUAUCAUCGAAGAUGAAGAGGAAGAUGGCAGGGAACACCCGAAUCUGAAUGCUUUAUCUGCAGUACUGGGAAACUACCCCCAAUGUCCAGNNAACUGCACCAUGAAAGCUCCAUCAACCUCCGCACUCAAGUCUCGCCAUCGAAGACUAUGCCGCACGUGCAUCAGAGCACCACUACCUCUGCACACCAGAGUCACACACCCAGACACCGACACUGGGGACUACAACGACAACUCGUAUUUCUUCUCGCCCCACCCGCCCCUUUACCGCAGCCCAUGCACCUGCACCUCCCAAGUCUGGAUAUGCACACCGUGCUCUACCACCCUCCGCACCCUCGAUACCUCAUACAUGCGUGCCUGGACCUGGCGCUCCCGCUACAGCACCCAUCUCCACGGCAUCGGCACAGGUCUCGGCACUGGCAUCGAAGGCGUCCAAUGCGGCCGCGAAUCCCUCUGCCUCUGCGCCCGCACAAUAUUCAAAGAGAUAGAGUGUGAUGCCGCAGACACGAGGACCGGUGGCUACUUUUUGCAAGAGAUCGAGGGGAUAGGGGGUGUGGUCAAGANNAAAAAAGUCAAGAGGAGGUUGUUGGUGGGUGCUGUCGUGCAAGAGUUUGAAGAUGAGAGGGAGGGUGGCAAGUAUUUGGAAAGGGAGCAGGAAGGCGUGGAUAGGAGUUGGUGUUCUUGGUGUGCGAGGAUCGUUUUGAGCAAGAAGGAUGUUUCGAGGGCUAAGAAUAUGGAUGCUGGUCGUGAGGUUAUCUCACUAAGCAGAGCUUCCGACAGCGAUUUGAGUUCGAGCUCGAGUCUUUGA